GUUGUGUAUUGCAGUCCCAUUGAAGCAAGGAAAAGAAAUACAUACUCCUACAUUAAACAAUUCCAAGUCAAGCUAAUCCUAAUUUCCGGUAGGAGUUUACUCCUCACACUCAAAAUCAAAGAUAUAAGCAAAACUCACCUCAAUCCAAUUGGCUCGACGAAGGGAGGCAGAAGAAGGAAGGCCUGAGAUGGAUUUCCACAAGGAAGAGCUGGAUUUACUACUCGUCCCUCUUGCGUUGGCUAUCUUAUUCAGCUACAACCUCUUCCUUCUCUACAGAUACCUCAAUCACCCUCACAGCACCGCUAUCGGCUUCCAGAACAAUGACAAGAGAGCUUGGGUCGAGAGAAUCAUGCAGGGCGACAAGGACGAUGUUGCCAUCGCUCUCUCAGUAAUUUCAUCGAACACCUCGGCUGCAACUGUCCUGGCUUCAAUCUCCCUAACCCUCAGCUCUCUGAUUGGCGCCUGGCUCGGUGGGAACUCCCCCAACGUCUUCCAGAGCGAGCUGAUAUACGGCGACACAAGAGCCUGCACGCUAUCGAUCAAAUACAUUAGCCUGAUGCUCUGCUUCCUCCUCGCCUUCUCUUGCUUCGUUUCCUCGGCGACGCAUUUCGUCCACGCCAACUACCUCAUUAGCAUCCCCAGCAGCGACGUCCCCGUGAAGAGCGUGGAGACGACGGUGAUACGCGCCGGCGAUUUUUGGUGCCUGGGACUCCGAGCUUUGUACUUCGCGCUGAAUCUGUUGAUGUGGUUCUUUGGGCCGGUGCCCAUGUUCGUUUCGGCCGUGAUCACGGUGGCUAUUCUCUGCUCCGCCGACGUCAAUUCCAAGCCGCUGCAUCAACACUUGCCGGCGCCCCCAAGGGCCCAGAUGACGAAAAGGGUUGUUCAGCCCAAAAGCCCGGCGAGCGUGGAGUUUUUGUAGUGGGCCGGGCUGAUAGAGCACCCUUCGCAACUUGUUUUUCUGUAAUUUUACCUUUUCUUUUUCUGGUAAGGCUUUUCCACGUCAAAGAAAAUAUCGAAUUAGAGUAUCCGACACGCAAAAAUGUUUGGCAAGUUUGUACACCAUCUAAUUAUAUUAAUUGUUUUAAUAAAAGUGUUUGAGCCCGAUCGA